UGCAUUUCUUCAUUAUUAAUAUAUAUAAUGUUUUAAUUUUUUAAGAUUGCCAUUAAAAAUUAGAGAAUAAAAAUUAUGGAUAUAUGGUGAUGAUUUUUUUGUAAAGUGUAUGCAAUUUAUUAGUGUAUCAAAAUCUAAAAGAAAUGGCUGUUGUCAGAGGUUCAGUUCAAUAUGAUCAAAUUACAAGUCAAGAAUUAUUUGAUUCUUUCAUGGAUAUUGUUUUAACGCAUGGUGAUGAUGAUAACAAUGGCCAAAUUCAACUUCACACCACCAACAAUGGUUUUAACGAGUUACAUCACAAAGUAGGAAAUAAGUUACCUGCUGUAGGAUUAGAUAAAUCGCAUAAAGAUAAUACUAGUAUUGACAAAAGCUCAAACUCUGCUGCCUACAUCGAGGACAGUUCUAGACCUUAUCCUCUUCUAGUAAAAAUGGGGGAACCAAUAUAUGAGAGUUGUGGAGAUCAAUUAAACGGUAAUUCAGAAAAGAAGAGCACUUCAGAGAUUGGAAGUAAUGCAGAGAAAACUAAUUCUGCUGUUGAAGCAAGUUAUGCUGUUGUGAAUAAAAAUAGAAUAGGAAAGCCACGACACUCUGAAGUUCAUGUAUUAAGGGAGGUUAAGGUAGAUGAUAGUAAAAGCAAUGUUGUGAGUGAAAUUCCAAUGGCCAAAACUAACGUUGAAACAGGACUAGAAAAUAACUCCAGCAUUAAUAAAGUGUCAACUCCAAAUGAUGUUGAUAACAAUAAGCAACUGAUGUCACAAACAAAAAGUUCCACUGUCAAUGAAGAUGGUAACUAUGAUGAGGUUGAGAUACCAAAAUACAAUCCUGCAUCUUCCAAUCAAAAUAUUGCUGACUUAUAUGCUGUGGUGGACAAACAUAAACAAACAGAUAAGAUUAUCUAUGCAGAUAUUAAUUCAGUUAUUACUAAUAACUCUAGUGUUUCAAUGCAACCUAGUAAUACCCAAUAUACUGAAGUGGUAAUUGCAGACAACCAAACUGUGUCGGAUUAUGAAUCAAUCAGUGAAUUGACGCAGUUGAGCAAUCUAGAUGAGAAUAAACCUGCAGACACCACUGCUAAAGAAACUGUUUACAAUGCUGAGGAAAUAGCGUAUAGUGGGAAACGGUUACAUACAGCUGGGCAAAAUGAAAUGUUCUCAAAUAUAGCAAGUACUAUAGACAGGGGAAAUACACAAUUGUCUCCGAGGAGUGUGAGUACAAGUGCAAAAGAAAAGCGUGGUUUCUUUGGUUUUGGCCACAAAAAGCAUAACUCCGAGGAUUAUGGCACAGAUUCCAGUCACCAUUUGAAUAUGCAAAGAUGGUCUGCAGUACCCGAAUUCAAUUACACUGACGGGAAAACGGAGAAAAGACCGUCCAAAAUAAAAAGACAAUCUAGCAUACCUAUCCUGUGUUCUGGUUAUUUGUUUAAACAAGGUGGUACUGGAAUGACACCAAAGAACUGGCGGCUACGAUGGUUUGAACUAAAGAAAGAUAAUUGUCUGUACUAUUAUAAAAACGAGCAGGAUCCCAUCCCAAACGGUGCAGUGAUGCUGUUGAAGUACGCUGUUGCACGUGCUGCAGAAGUAAACAAAAGAUUCGCUUUCAAGUUGAUCAAAGGAGGAGCAAGAACGUAUUUCUUUGCUGCCAACUCAGAAGAAGAAAUGAGAAAGUGGAUGAAAAAUUUAAGUGAGGCAUCUCGUUACGCAGUGUCUGAUCAUACUUCGAUCCCAGAAUGCAGUUUGAAGAACGUCAGUAUACCUGCGCUGUCUAUCACUGAACCAGAUUGUCACGGGUUUCUAUGGAAACAGGGUGAUUCCCACAAGUCGUGGAAGAAACGUUACUGCGUGUUGAAGUAUGGUUGUGUGUUUUAUUACGAAGACAUGUCCAAUGAAGUCGCGAUAGGUGUGUUCAAACUACACAACUAUACUAUUAACCAGAGCAAAAAUGUAAAGUAUGGCUUCGAGGCUGAGCCACCUGUGCGCAAGAUGAGGACUUAUCAUUUUUACGCUGACUCUGAAGUUGAUUUCAAAAGGUGGUUUCAAGCGGUGAAACAUUCAGUAGCCACUUUUAAAUAAUAGUUAUAAGCUGUUACAAGUAACGAGAAAGACAAUCGUGCUGGUAUCGAUAUCUCUCGAUAGGAGAUGAUAAAAUCCGGUGGUAAUCGUUCCAGGACAAGCCACACCAUUGAUGGGCUUGUUCGUGGCGAAUCGUCGGAACAUAUCGUGUAAUUCGUGCAGAUCCGUGUUGUUGUCGAGUCUUAAUGUAAAACAUAGCGUAAAUAACGAAACAGAAUUGAAAUGCAGGUUGAGAUAAAAAUGUAGGAAUAUUAUUUUUCAGUUUUUGCUGAAGUUUCAAUGAAUUCCUCUUCAACAUGAAACAUUUGUUUCACCUUUUUUGAGGAUUUAUCUAAAUAAUACACAUUUGUUUUUGUUUUUAUGAAAGUUGUCGUAGAAAAUCCUGCAGCUAAUCUAUUCGUUUUUCCUUGAUUUAAUUUAUUUAAUUCGAUGUAGCUAUGUUGUGUUAAUUUGAUUUCUACUAGUUGCGCAGGUGUUAAUACCAAUUUCAAACUGGUUUUCAAGUUAAGAUUUGAAAUUGUCACUCCGGUAAAUGAGUUAAGCUUCUCAAGAUUUUAAUGUUGUAGAAUGAUUUUCGAACCGAGAACUUUUUUUUCAUGUUUAGAUGAAUUAAGUUAGCCGUGUUCACAACUGAAAAUUUGAUUUUAAAAAAAACGCUUCUGAGGUAAUUAUACAUUUGGUUUAAUAACGUAUUAUGAAACUAAAUAAUAAUUUUCGACCAGACAGUCUUUUGUUUUCUCUAGCAAUGAAAGACUUCUUCACGACAGGAUAAUUUUUGUAUAAAGAUGUAUUUGUAUAUUCUAUUCAAGUUUUUUGUGGUUAUGGCUGUUUUACGCACGUUGAUGUGUAACAGCAUGUGAAUUGUAAUAUGUUGUAUAUUUUCUUCACUUUUAUUUUUUUUUAACUGAUAAUUCUUUAAAAUUAUUUUUUAUUUAUACGAUUUCACAAACGUAUGGAAAGCGUUUUUUUAUUAGAUUUUACUACGAAUAUAUUUUAAAUACGGGCUAGAAGCACAAUCUGGGCGGGGUCGUGUCUUGACACGGACGGCAAUGUAUUUCAGGAUUUUGGAAACGUAUUUAUUUUAGCACAAAUAUAGAAUCUUUUGAAAAUGUUUUCAUGCGAGCCGCACAACGAGAAAAUGUUUAAAACAGUCUCCGUUAAGAAACUAAAAAAAAUUAAUUCGUUUACACACUUUUAAUCCGAUAAGAUUCCAUAUAUUUACAAACCAGACCUCGGUUAGUUGAAAUCUAUUUGCUUUUAUUAUCAACAAGAGUUUUGCUCCAAACAGAAUUUUAUGCUGAGUCAUUAUUUUUCUCCCUAUGCCACGUUUAGGUUUUAAUUUUGUGGCGUUCUUCUUUUUUCAUUUUAACCUGUAAUUAAUUUAACACAAUUUAACUCAUAAUUAGAAAGUUACUUACAUAUGCAAUUGUAUUGCAUAAUUAUGCAUAGUUUUAGUAAUUUCGUUUCCAAGACUUUCUGCUAUUUUUAUGUUUUAUUUGGUAAUUAUUCCUGGGAACGAAAAUUGCUUUAAAGUAAAUAAUAUUUGCAGGUCAAUUAUUUUACAAAUAAAAUUUUCUUCUUAUGAUAAACACAGUAUUGUACAAAGUA